CCUCGCUGGUCUACGACUGAAGGUGCUGCGGCACCAUGGCCAACCUGGAGCAGUGGGUGAGCGACCGCCUGCACGACAUCCUCGGCCUCAGCGACAGGUACGUCUCUCAGUUCAUGAUCGGCGUCGCUCGGAAAGCGUCCAGUCCCGAGGACUUCGUGGGUCGCCUCGAGCAGACGGGGACAAUCGACAUCGAUCACAGCGUGACGGCCUUCGCUAAAGAACUCUUUGAAAAGAUCCCCCGGCGUCAGGCCGUGGAGAAGCCGUCCAGAGCGAUGGAGCGACAGGCGAUAGAGAUGGACAGGAAGAACCGGACGUACACGCUGCUGGAGGACAGCGACAGCUGCGAGGAGGCGGUGGGAGAGAAGCAGAAAGGAAAGAAGAAAAGCAAAGAAAAAGCGCGAGGAAACAAGAAGAAACACAUCCGGCAGAAGAAAGCCAGCGAGUCUUCGAGCGAGGACGAACCGUCUAAACGGGGUCAUUCUGGCCAAGAAGCCCAGAAGUCUGUAAAGAAAGAAGAAGAGGAGGAGGAGGAAGAGUGGGAGAAGGAGGAGAGAGAACGACUGCAGGACAUCGAGGAGAGAGACGCCUUCGCUCAGAGAGUGAGACAGAAGGACAAAGAAAAGACCCGAAACAUCGCAGAGCGGACGGACAAAAAGGCGUACGAAGAAGCUCAGAAGCGUCUGAAGAUGGCCGAGGACGAUCAGAGGAACAUGCUGCCGGAGCUGAGGAAACGCUCCCGCUGGGACUACCUGAAGAAGAGGGAGUCGGAGAAGCUGGAGGACCUGGACGCAGAGAUCUACGACGAGGAGUACCUCUUCUCCACGAACGAGCUGACGGAGAGGGAGAAGAAGGACCUGGAGCACAAACGCACCAUCAGAGAUCUGGCUAAAGACUACAAGAAGGCCGGAGCCAAGGAGCAGGAUGAGAGGAAGAACCGGUACUACAUGCCCGAGGAGAACAGGAUGAAGGAGGUCCCUCAGAAGGAACUGGACCUGGAGCUGGAGGAGGCCCCGAUGGAGCUGGGGGGCGAGCAGGGCCGCUGGGAGGAGGAGAGGCUGAAGACGGCCUCGCUCAGCUUCGGGGCCAGGAAGGAGCGCGAGCAGGGCCUGAAGGAGGAGCAGGAGCGCUACCAGCUGAUCAUGGAGGAGGACGAGAUGAUCCACUUCGUCAGCACGGCCAUCACCAUGAAGGGAACGCGCUCGGAGCAGGAUCGUGAGGAGCCGUCUCUGUCUCAGGCCGAGCUGAAGAAGCACUCCAUCCAGGAGGUCCGGCGCAGCCUCCCCAUCUUCCCCUACAGAGAAGACCUGCUGGCUGCCAUCCACGAGCACCAGGUCCUGGUCAUUGAGGGCGAGACGGGUUCAGGAAAGACCACCCAGAUCCCUCAGUACCUGCUGGAGGACGGCUACACCAACGGAGGGAUGAAGAUCGGCUGCACGCAGCCUCGCAGGGUGGCGGCCAUGUCGGUGGCGGCCCGAGUGGCCGAGGAGAUGAACGUGAAGCUCGGUAACGAGGUGGGGUACAGCAUUCGUUUUGAGGACUGCACGUCGGAGAGGACCGUGCUGAAGUACAUGACGGACGGGAUGCUGCUCCGAGAGUUCCUCACAGAACCGGACCUGGCCAGCUACAGCGUGGUCAUCAUCGAUGAAGCUCACGAGCGAACACUCCACACGGACAUCCUGUUCGGCCUGAUCAAAGACAUCGCCCGUUUCCGGCCCGACCUGAAGGUUCUGGUGGCGAGCGCCACGCUGGACACGGAGCGGUUCUCCAGCUUCUUCGACGACGCUCCUGUGUUCAGGAUCCCUGGCAGGAGGUUCCCCGUCGACAUCUUCUACACCAAGGCUCCUGAGGCGGACUACCUGGAUGCCUGUGUGGUGUCGGUGCUGCAGAUUCACGUCACUCAGCCUCCAGGAGACGUCCUGGUCUUCCUCACUGGACAGGAGGAGAUCGAAGCGUGUUGUGAGAUGCUGCAGGAGCGGUGCCGGCGGCUCGGGUCCAAGAUCGCCGAGCUGCUCAUCCUUCCCAUCUACGCCAACCUGCCGUCCGACAUGCAGGCGAAGAUCUUCACUCCGACUCCUCCUGGAGCCCGAAAGGUGGUGGUGGCUACCAACAUCGCAGAGACGUCUCUGACCAUCGACGGCAUCAUCUACGUCAUCGACCCUGGCUUCUGCAAGCAGAAGAGCUAUAACGCUCGCACCGGCAUGGAGUCUCUGAUCGUCACGCCGUGCUCGCGGGCUUCAGCCAAUCAGAGAGCGGGCCGCGCUGGCAGAGUGGCUGCUGGGAAAUGUUUCCGCCUCUACACGGCCUGGGCCUUCAAGCACGAGAUGGAGGAGACCACGGUCCCUGAGAUUCAGAGGACCAACCUGGGGAACGUGGUCCUGCUGCUGAAAAGUUUAGGGAUCAACGACCUGAUCCACUUUGACUUCAUGGACCCGCCUCCUCACGAGACCCUGGUUCUGGCUCUGGAGCAGCUUUACGCUCUGGGAGCCCUGAACCACAUGGGAGAGCUCACAAAGCUGGGUCGCAGGAUGGCCGAGUUACCCGUCGACCCGAUGCAGAGCAAGAUGAUCCUGGCCUCUGAGCAGUACAAGUGUUCAGAAGAAGUUCUGACCAUCGCAGCCAUGCUGUCGGUGAACAACUCCAUUUUCUACCGGCCUAAAGACAAAGUGGUCCACGCCGACAACGCCAGGAUGAACUUUGUGGUUCCGGGAGGGGACCACCUGGUUCUGCUCAACGUCUACACACAGUGGGUGGAGAGCGGCUUCUCCACGCAGUGGUGCUACGAGAACUUCAUCCAGUUCCGCUCCAUGAGGAGGGCCCGGGAUGUCCGGGACCAGCUGGAGGGCCUGAUGGACCGCAUCGAGGUGGAGGUGCUCAGCUGUCAGGGAGACAACAUCCCCAUCCGCAAGGCGGUGACGGCGGGGUAUUUCUACCACACGUCCCGGCUCAGCAAAGGCGGCUACAAGACGGUGAAGCACCAGCAGACGGUCUACGUCCACCCCAACAGCUCCCUGUUCGAGGAGCAGCCCCGCUGGCUCAUCUACCACGAGCUGGUCUUCACCACCAAGGAAUUCAUGAGACAGGUGAUCGAGAUCGACAGCGGCUGGCUGCUGGAAGUGGCCCCCCACUACUACAAGAGCAAAGAGCUGGAGGACAGCAGCAGCAAGAAGAUGCCCCGCAAGCAGGGCAAAACGAAGGAGGAGCUGGGCUGAGGCGAACGGUGCACGAGCGCACGACACACGCAGCGUGAGAUCAGGACGAGCUGUGGGAAACGGACGCCUGGGGGGGGGCUCUCAGGAUCUCACGAGGUCGUUGUAACUUCUGGACAGAGGCUCAGGGGAAAAUGGACCCGGAUGGUUUGAUCUUAAACCAGAACACGGCUCGGACUCAGACUGUUGAACCGUUACCGCUCAGAACUCUGUCCCAGCGAGUCUCCGGUGAAAACCCAAAGAACCGAGGCUCCGACCGUUUGUUCUGAUUUAUCUUCGGUAAUAAAUCUUCACCA